AAAACAACACACCAUGAUACACCUCCCGAGAAAAGAAUCAGAGACAUUCUCCCUCUCUCUGGAGUCAUUGUUUCUCCACAAAAAUGGCCGCUGUCCUCUUCCACCUUAUUUCCUUAUUUGUUUUCCUCCUUUUUCUAUCUCAUCCAACUCCUUGUGUUUCCAUUGGAGAUGACGAGGUUCUUCUUGAAUUUAAAGAACUGUUAUUAAAUACCUCAGCUCUUGAUUCCUCUUGGAAAAAGGGUACAAAUCCUUGUGACAAUAAUAAGAAAUGGGCUGGUGUUAUAUGUGACAAAAAUGUUAUCCAAGGCCUACUUCUUGGUGGGGUUGGCCUCUCAGGGGAUCUUGAUGUUGAUGCAUUAGGUAGUCUUCAAGGCCUUAGAGUUCUUAAUCUUGCAAACAACUCUUUCUCAGGAUCUAUUCCUGAAUAUUUUAGGCUUGGUGCUCUCAAGUCUCUAUUCAUUGAUGGGAACCAGUUUAAAGGAGAGAUCCCUGGAGAUUUCUUCUCCAAAAUGUUGUCUCUCAGGAGAGUAUGGUUUUCGCGUAACAAGUUUUCAGGGAAAAUUCCUGAUUCUUUAGCCAGUUUAAAAUAUCUUUCAGAACUUCACCUGGAAAACAAUGAAUUCUCAGGACCUAUUCCAUCUUUAUCACAGGGUAGUCUGACAUCUAUCAACCUGUCAAACAAUAAAUUACAAGGUGGAAUCCCGCAAAGUUUGUCAAAGUUUGGAUCGGACCCUUUUCAAGGAAAUCAAGAGCUAUGUGGACAACAAGUAGGCAGGGAGUGCAAUGCUGCGAUGUCCGGGGAAAAGCCUGAAGGUUCCAGCACAAAAUGGAUAAUUAUAGGCUUAGUGGUCUUUGUGUUGUUGGUGGCUAUAUUCUUUAGGGCAAAACGCAAGGAUGAUCACUUUGAAAAGCUUGAAAAAGAGAACCUUGAUGAGGCUGUGAAGGUGCACAUUCCAAGUUCAAACAAGAGAAGCAUGAGCACACGCACCUCUAUGCGAUCCUCAAGGAGGGGGCGUUCACGAAGUGGCAGUGAUAUGGGCGAUCUAGUGGUGGUAAAUGAAGAAAGAGGUAUAUUUGGUUUGCCUGAUUUGAUGAAGGCAGCAGCUGAAGUCCUUGGGAAUGGAGGAUUGGGGUCCGCUUACAAGGCAGUAUUGGGAAGUGGAGUGUCCGUCGUGGUGAAGAGGUUGAGGGAGAUGAAUAAAUUGAAUAAGGAAACUUUUGAUAUAGAGAUCAGGCGACUUGCCAAGUUAAGGCACAGGAAUAUAUUGCAACCAUUAGCAUACCAUUACAGGAAAGAGGAGAAGCUGGUGGUGUCUGAAUACAUUCCUAAAGGCAGCUUGUUGUAUCUGUUACAUGGUGAUCGGGGGAUAGCACAUGCUCAGCUAAAUUGGCCUACUCGCGUUAAAAUCAUCCAGGGAGUUGCCAGUGGAAUGAAAUUUCUUCAUUCAGAGUUUGCAUCAUAUGAUGUGCCUCAUGGGAACCUUAAGUCUAGCAACAUUCUUCUUACUGCAAAUAAUGAACCACUUCUCACAGAUUAUGCCUUUUACCCACUACUCAACAAUUCGCAAGCUCUCCAAUCUCUUUUUGCUUAUAAAUCCCCAGAAGCCAUACUAAACCAACAAAUCUCUCCAAAAAGUGAUGUCUAUUGUCUUGGAAUCAUAAUUCUUGAAAUCCUUACCGGGAAAUUCCCGUCACAAUAUCUCAGCAACCAAAAGUGUGGAACUGAUGUUGUGCAAUGGGCGCGGUCAGCAAUUGAAGAGAAUAGAGCAUCAGAAUUGAUUGAUCCACAGAUAGCAACAGCAAAGGAUUCCCUUGAAAUGAUGGAGAAGUUUCUUCAUAUAGGAGCUGCAUGCACUGAGAGAGACCAUGAUAAGAGAAUCGACAUGAAGGAAGCCAUAAGGAGGAUAGAAGAGAUACAAAUUUAA